AUUUUCUCUGAAGUCAUGCAAAACCAAAGCACUGUCACAGAGUUUGUGCUCCUGGGGCUCUCACAGAAUCCAACAAUUCAGAAAACAGCAUUUCUUCUAUUUCUGUUGAUAUACAUUGCAACUAUGGGGAGCAACAUACUAGUCAUAGUGACCAUUGUUUGCAGCCCUGCACUGCGGGGCUGCCCCAUGUACUUCUUUUUAGUAUUCUUGUCUUCCCUGGAUGCGUGCUUCUCCUCAGUUAUCACCCCAAAGGCAAUUGCAGACACUCUGCAUGAGAAGAAAAAAAUCUCCUAUGAAGGCUGCCUGAUGCAGGUCUUCGGUGUACACUUCCUUGCCGGAGCAGAGGUGAUUGUCCUUACUGCCAUGGCCUAUGACCGUUACGUGGCCAUUUGCAAGCCCUUACACUAUGCUUCCAUCAUGAACUGGAGGCUCUGCGGCAUUCUGAUGGGGGUAGCCUUGAUGGGGGGGCUCCUGCACUCCAUGAUUCAAAUUUCCUUUACUUUCCACUUGCCAUUCUGUGGCCCCAAUGUCAUAGAUCACAUCAUGUGUGACCUGUACCCACUCCUGAAGCUCGCCUGCACUGACACUGACAUCUUGCAUCUUUGGGUGUUUGCCAACAGUGGUUCUUUCUGCCUCCUCAUCUUCUCUAUGUUGCUUAUCUCCUACAGUGUCAUCUUGUUCUCUCUGAGGAAGCACAGUUCUGAAGGGCGUCGGAAAGCUCUCUCCACCUGUGGGUCCCAUAUUGCAGUCGUGGUUUUGUUUUUUGUUCCAUGUAUUUUUAUGUAUGCACGGCCUCCAUCUGCUUACUUCUUUGAUAAAUUUGUGGCAAUAUUUUGUACCACGUUAACUCCCUUGCUCAAUCCCAUGAUUUAUACUUUUCGAAAUAAGGACAUGAACAACGCCAGGAGAAAAAUGUGGAAGAGAUUGACGGUGCUGUCUGAUGAGAAACAAAACAUUACAUGA